GCAUACCACGGUCUCAUUUCAAUACCCAACCUGGGGCCUCAAGAUCCUCCCGCCUUCCCCAUCGUCAUCCCUUUUCCGCGCGCGGAAGGCCAUUGAAGAACAGGAAAAGAGUUGCGCUGAUUCUCGAUCUCGUCUCUCUGUACUAAGUUUGGGGACGAUCGUUCUUUCACCAUCGACGAGGCGCAAAGUCGUUGAAACUACCCGUUGCACCAAGCACGAUAGUUCGAACUAUUGCGACAAUGUCUCACGGUCCCAGAACGACUUCAGCCUUCGGGGUCUGGAUCGCCGCUCUAUUGGCGUUGCCCGCAAGCGCAACGUCCGCCUACGUCAAUGUGGACAUCGACUCAGGAGACCUUCUGUCUGCCAAACUUCAAGGUCUACCCUCCAAUCUUGCGAAGCUCUUCGCGCCCGAAUCAUCCAACUCGCCAGUUGUGAAUGCCUCAAGGUGCAAAGUCUAUCCAGGUGACGCAGAAUGGCCCUCCGACAAGGCCUGGUCGACGCUGAACAAGCUCUCUGAUGAUCGCCUCCUCUCCCCGACUCCACAGGCAUCUGCCUGCUACGAAGGUCCCAACUACGAUCCAGAAAAAUGUGAAGCCAUGACUGCGACUUGGGGAAGAUCCUACUCUCACAUGCAUGACCCUAUCGAGAUGAUGAGUCCAGUAGCUCAGGGCAUGACCUGCCUACCACCUAACGUGUUUGAUUCUCACAACUGCACACGAGGUGGAUUUCCUCUGUACGUCAUCAAUGCCACGAAGCCAGAGCAUGUGCAGUUGGGUGUCAAUUUCGCACGAAACACUGGAGUCCGCUUGGUGGUCAAGAACACUGGCCAUGAUUUCCUAGGAAAGAGUGGUGGCAAGGAUGCAUUGAGCAUCUGGACACAUUGGUUUAAAGACAUCGAUUAUCUCGAGGAGUAUACCGACGAAAAGUUGGGCUACUCUGGACCUGCCUUCAAGGCCGGUGUAGGUGUUCAGGCAUUUGAAAUCUACAAGGCUGCACAUGAGAAAGGCAGGGCCGUGGUUGGAGGAGAAGGCGAGACCGUCGGCAUCUUUGGAGGCUACAUCCAAGGUGGUGGUCAUUCACCACUGACAUCGCUGUAUGGUACCGGAGCCGAUCAAGUUCUUUCGUUCGAAGUUGUCACCGCCGACGGCAAAUUCGUUACUGCUAACUCAACAUCUUACCCCGACCUGUUCUGGGCUAUGCGAGGUGGAGGCGGCAGCACAUUUGGAGUAGCCACCAGUGUGACCGUCAAAGCGCAUCCUGACAUGCCCACUACUGCCUCUCGAUUCUCCUUCACAUCCGAGAAGAUUGGAAACGAAACCUUCUGGGCUGGAAUCCGCUCCUAUGUCGACUACUUCAUUCCAAACGCCGAUGCGGGCACAUACGCCUACUUCGUACUUAUCCCCAAUGUCUGGACCGGUAUCUUCACCUUCCAGAUGUCUCCCUUCUUCGCGCCGAACAAGACACUCGAGCAAACUCAAGCCCUCCUCCAGCCCUGGUUCACGCAACUCAACGAACUUGGUAUCCAGUUCGAUCCCAACAUCACCCACUUCGAUUCGUACUAUGAGGCAUGGCGAAGCUCGUUCCCGCUUGAGGUAGUCCAAAAGGUUAACGCUACCACCGGAUCGCGCAUGUUUCCCCGCGCGAACUUCGAGACCGAGGAGAAGAGGGAGGAGCUCUAUCAAAACCUCCGCCAAUCCAGUGAGAACAACCGCGUUCAGGUCCAUUUCAACAUCAAGGCCGUCGAUCCUGCCAAUGCUGAUAACGCUGUGAACCCCGCUUGGCGACCAAACAUUCUCUUUGCGCAGCAGGCCGUCCGUUGGCCCGUUAAUGCCAGCAACGAAGAAAUCUUGAAGAUCAGACAGGAGUUCCAGACCGGUGACAUGCAACGCUGGAGAGACAUCAGCCCUGGCGCUGGAUCUUACCUCGCUGAGGCCGACCGCCUCGAGCCCAACUUUGGCCAGGCGUUCUGGGGCGACAAGUACCCCAGGCUGUUGGAGCUCAAGCAGAAGUGGGAUCCCAAAGACGUCUUCUUCGCUACCACCAGCGUCGGCAGCGAGAGGUGGCGAGUUGAGAGCCCCGGCAAUCUUCCAAACGAGAACGGAAAGCUCUGCCGGGUGGACCAGUAAGCCAAGUCUGGAUGUUUCCCACACCUCUGACAUUGUUGGCUUGAUCACUUUCCUGCAUUGAUAGCGUGCAAUGACUCGAUUCGCAUCGAAUUUUCUUUUCGUUUUUCCAUACCGACGGCCUUCGUCUGCCCUCACUUUUCCCUUGAUUUUCCUAGCAAUAUACCGCAGAAAAGGAUGAUAGCGUUCUUGUUCAGUAACUAGUUCAGGCUUCCGACACACCA